AUGUUUGACGAGCGAGCAGGACAGAAAUCUACAAGACAAAUGUUUGACGAGCGAGCAGGACAGAAGUCUUCAGAGCAAAUGUUUGACGAGCGAGCAGGACAGAAGUUUUCAUGGCAAAUGUUGGACGAGCGAGCAGGCCAGAAGUCUUCAGAGCAAAUGUUUGACGAGCGAGCAGGACAGAAGUCUUUAAAGAAAAUGUUUGACGAACGAGCAGGGUCGAAGUCUUCAGGGCAAAUGUUUGACGAGCCUGUAGGACAAAAGUAUUCAAGGCAAAUGUUUGACGAGCGAGCAGGACAGAAGUCUUCAGAGCAAAUGUUUGACGAGCGAGCAGGACAGAAGUCUUCAGGACAAAUGUUUGACGAGCGAGCAGGACAGAAAUCUUCAGAGCAAUUGUUUGAAGAGCGAGCAGGACAGAAGUCUUCAGAGCAAAUAUUUGACGAUCGCGCAGGACAGAAGUCUUCAGGACAAAUGUUUGACGAGCGAGCAGGACAGAAGUCUUCAGGGCAAAUGUUUGAUGAGCGAGCAGGGUCAAAGUCUUCAGAGCAAAUGUUUGAAGAGCGAGCAGGACAGAAGUCUUCAGAGCAAAUGUUUGACGAUCGCGCAGGACAGAAGUCUUCAGGGCAAAUGUUUGACGAGCGAGCAGGACAGAAGUCUUCAGGGCAAAUGUUUGAUGAGCGAGCAGGGUCGAAGUCUUUAGAGCAAAUGUUUGACGAGCGAGCAGGACAGAAGUCUUCAGGACAAAUGUUUGACGAGCGAGCAGGACAGAAAUCUUCAGAGCAAUUGUUUGAAGAGCGAGCAGGACAGAAGUCUUCAGAGCAAAUGUUUGACGAGCGAGCAGGACAGAAGUCUUCAUGGCAAAUGUUGGACGAGCUAGCAGGACAGAAGUCUUCAGAGCAAAUGUUUGACGAGGGAGCAGGUCAGAAGUCUUCAGCGCAAAUGUUUGACGAGCGAGCAGGACAGAAGUCUUCAUGGCAAAUGUUGGACAAGCGAGCAGGACAGAAGUCUUCAGAGCAAAUGUUUGACGAUCGAGUAGAACAGAAGUCUUCAGAGCAAAUGUUGGACGAUCGCGCAGGACAGAAGUCUUCAGAGCAAAUGUUUGACGAGCGAGCAGGACAGAAGUCUUCAGGACAAAUGUUUGACGAGCGAGCAGGACAGAAAUCUUCAGAGCAAUUGUUUGAAGAGCGAGCAGGACAGAAGUCUUCAGAGCAAAUAUUUGACGAUCGCGCAGGACAGAAGUCUUCAGGACAAAUGUUUGACGAGCGAGCAGGACAGAAGUCUUCAGGGCAAAUGUUUGAUGAGCGAGCAGGGUCAAAGUCUUCAGAGCAAAUGUUUGAAGAGCGAGCAGGACAGAAGUCUUCAGAGCAAAUGUUUGACGAUCGCGCAGGACAGAAGUCUUCAGGGCAAAUGUUUGACGAGCGAGCAGGACAGAAGUCUUCAGGGCAAAUGUUUGAUGAGCGAGCAGGGUCAAAGUCUUUAGAGCAAAUGUUUGAUGAGCGAGCAGGACAGAAGUCUUCAGAGCAAAUGUUUGACGAGCGAGCAGGACAGAAGUCUUCAGGGCAAAUGUUUGAUGAGCGAGCAGGGUCAAAGUCUUCAGAGCAAAUGUUUGAAGAGCGAGCAGGACAGAAGUCUUCAGAGCAAAUGUUUGACGAUCGCGCAGGACAGAAGUCUUCAGGGCAAAUGUUUGACGAGCGAGCAGGACAGAAGUCUUCAGGGCAAAUGUUUGAUGAGCGAGCAGGGUCAAAGUCUUUAGAGCAAAUGUUUGAUGAGCGAGCAGGACAGAAGUCUUCAGAGCAAAUGUUUGACGAGCGAGCAGGACAGAAGUCUUCAGAGCAAAUGUUUGACGAGCGAGCAGGACAGAAGUCUUCAUGGCAAAUGUUGGACGAGCUAGCAGGACAGAAGUCUUCAGAGCAAAUGUUUGACGAGGGAGCAGGUCAGAAGUCUUCAGCGCAAAUGUUUGACGAGCGAGCAGGACAGAAGUCUUCAUGGCAAAUGUUGGACGAGCGAGCAGGACAGAAGUCUUCAGAGCAAAUGUUUGACGAUCGAGUAGGACAGAAGUCUUCAGAGCAAAUGUUGGACGAUCGCGCAGGACAGAAGUCUUCAGAGCAAAUGUUGGACGAGCGAGCAGGACAGAAGUCUUCAGGGCAAAUGUUUGACGAGCGAGCCGGACAGAAGUCUUCAGAGCAAAUAUUUGACAAGCGAGCAGGGUCAAAGUCUUCAGAGCAAAUGUUGGACGAGCGAGCAGGACAGAAGUCUUCAGAGCAAAUGUUGGACGAGCGAGCAAGACAGACGUCUUUAGAGCAAAUGUUCGACGAGGAGCAGGACAGAAGUCUUCAGGGCAAAUGUUUGACGAGCGAGAAAGAUAGAAGUCUUCAGGGCAAAUCUUUGACGAGCGAGCAGGACAGAAGUCUUCAGGGCAAAUGUUUGACAAGCGAGCAGGUUAGAAGUCUUCAGGGCAAAUGUUUGACGAGCGAGCAGGACAGAAGUCUUCAGGGCAAAUGUUUGACGAGCGAGCAGGACAGAAGUCUUCAGGGCAAAUGUUUGACGAGCGAGCAUCUUCUGUUGUAUGGUAUCAGAAUAAAGACUCUCUCAUCAGUUGCAUAG